AUGAAGCGGGCGAUAAUUCUUCUUGAUGUUUGCUUAUUAGUUUUAGAGCCAGCAAAAACGAUAAUUUACCCUAUCCAAUUGAACUAUGAGAAUCCAGGAUCAAGGGGUCGUGAUCUUACAGAGAUUGGUGAAAGAGGGGUGAAUAUAAGCGGAGGGCAAAAGCAGAUUUCUAUGGCCAGGGCUGUUUACUCGAAUUCAGAUAUUUACAUAUUUGAUGACCCUUUAAGUGCCCUGGAUGCUCAUGUUGGUCGACAGGUGUUCAAUAGCUGUAUCAAGGAAGAGCUGCGAGGGAAGACCCGGGUCCUUGUCACGAACCAGCUACAUUUUCUUCCUCAAGUGGAUCGAAUCCUUGUGGUUCAUGAAGGAAUGGUCAAGGAGGAGGGGACUUUUGAGGAGCUCUCUAAAAGCGGGAUUUUGUUCCAGAAACUUAUGGAGAAUGCAGGAAUGGAGGACCAAACAGAAGAGGCCGAGGAGGAGGAGAAGAAAAAUGUAGAGGAGAAAACAUCUAAAAGAGCAACUGACAGCAUUGUUGAUGAAUCGUCAAAAGAUCAAGGCCGCGGGAAGAAAGGUAAAGGAGGGAAGUCGGUACUUAUUAAGCAAGAGGAACGGGAAACAGGCAUUGUGAGUUGGAAAGUCCUGAUGAGGUACAAAGGGGCACUGGGAGGCCUGUGGGUGGUGGCAGUACUCUUUAUAUGCUAUAUUUCAACUGAAGUUCUUCGUAUUUCAAGUAGCAAGUGGUUGAGUUUCUGGACAGAUCAAAGCACUUCAGAGGACUACAGACCAGGAUUCUACAUAUUGAUCUACGCACUUUUGUCCUUUGGUCAGGUGACCGUGACACUGACUAAUUCUUAUUGGUUGAUUAUUUCGAGCCUCAGUGCGGCAAAAAGAUUGCAUGAUUAUAUGCUCCAGUCUAUAUUAAGGGCUCCCAUGAUUUUCUUUCACACCAACCCAAUGGGAAGAAUAAUCAACAGGUUUGCCAAGGAUCUAGGCGACAUAGAUCGCAAUGUUGCCCAAUUUGUAAAUAUGUUCAUGGGCCAAUUCUGGCAGCUACUUUCGACUUUUGUGCUCAUAGGAAUUGUGAGCACAAUCUCUCUUUGGGCCAUAAUGCCGCUCUUGAUCUUGUUUUAUGCAGCCUAUCUGUAUUACCAGACUACAUCUCGUGAAGUGAAACGCUUGGAUUCAAUUACCAGAUCUCCAGUUUAUGCGCAAUUCGGAGAAGCAAUGAAUGGCUUGUCAACAAUACGUGCAUAUAAAGCAUAUGAUAGGUUGGCCGCCAUUAACGCCAAGGCCAUGGACAAUAAUAUCAGAUUCACCCUUGCCAAUUUCAGUUCCAACCGUUGGCUCAACAUAAGGUUGGAGACUUUAGGAGGCAUAAUGAUCUGGUUGACAGCAACAUUUGCAGUAAUGCAGACCGGAAAAGCAGAAAACAGAGCAGCCUUUGCUUCAACUAUGGGUCUCCUCCUCAGCUACACUUUGAAUAUAACGAGCCUUUUGAGUGGUGUUCUGAGACAAGCAAGCAAAGCUGAGAAUAGUCUAAAUGCUGUAGAGCGUGUGGGUGUGUACAUAGAAUUGCCUUCCGAGGCUCCGGCUAUAGUAGAGAGCAACCGGCCCCCUCCUGGCUGGCCUUCAUUGGGAUCAAUUAAAUUUGAAGAUGUGGUUCUUCGUUACAGACCUGAACUUCCUCCGGUCUUGCAUGGAUUGUCCUUUUCAGUAGCACCCCGUGAGAAACUCGGAGUAGUUGGAAGAACCGGUGCAGGAAAAUCUAGCAUGAUAAAUACUUUGUUCCGAAUUGUCGAGCUCGAAAAAGGAAGGAUCUUGAUAGAUGGGUGCAACACUUCUAAGAUAGGACUCGAAGAUUUGCGUAAAGUCCUUAGCAUCAUACCUCAAUCACCAGUUCUUUUCUCGGGAACUGUGAGAUUUAAUCUCGACCCUUUCAAUGAACAUAACGACGCUGACCUCUGGGAGGCUCUGGAGAGAGCACAUUUGAAGGAUGUCAUCAGGAGGAACUCUUGCGGCCUGGAUGCUGAGGUUUCUGAGGGCGGAGAGAACUUCAGUGUUGGACAGAGGCAACUGCUGUGUCUUGCUCGAGCAUUACUAAGAAGAUCUAAGAUUCUUGUUCUUGAUGAAGCAACUGCAGCCGUUGAUGUUAGAACUGAUGCUCUCAUCCAGAAAACCAUUCGUGAAGAAUUCAACUACUGCACUAUGGUCAUCAUCGCUCACAGACUUAACACUAUCAUUGACACCGACCGAAUUCUUGUGCUUGAUGCUGGCCAAGUAGUGGAACACGAUACUCCAGAGAAUCUGCUGUCAAAUGAAGCAAGUGCAUUCUCUAAGAUGGUUCAAAGCACGGGUUCUGCUAAUGCGCAGUAUCUACAUGGCUUAGUCCUCCAAAAGAAAGAGAGUAGGUUACAGAUGGAAACAAAACAUCUAGACAGCGAGAGACGACGAUCGGCCUCUUCCUGCUGGGCUGCUGCUGCCAAUGUUGCUCUAACGGUCAGCCUCAAUUCCAACAACGCCCUACAGAUUUUGAAUAUUGAGGACAAUGACAACAGCAGCGACAACAUCCUUAAGAGAACAAAAGAUGCAGUUAUAACCCUUCAGGACGUCUUCGAAGGGAAGCACAACGAAGAUAUAGAAAAUGCUUUGUACCAUUAUCAAGUUCCUGCUGAUGGCUGGUGGUCUGCUCUCUACAAGAUAGUUGAAGGUCUAGGUUUGAUGAGCAGACUGGCUGACGGUAGAUAUGAACGACUAGAGCACGAGUUUGGAGAUAACGUGGAUUGGGAUGCUGGGAGAAUGUUGUAAAAGAAGUGGAGACAUCAACCCGAUUCUUCAAUUUUAAUCGAAGGAUUUGACAUGCAAAGGCAAAUAUAGUGAUACUGUCUUCUGUGGGGCAAAAGAACGCUUCAAAUGCCAUAACUUAUACAAAGGGACACUUAAA